CGGGAGACCAUGCUUUGCCUCACGCUGGACGCCGAGACACGUUCGGUGCGUCAUCGGAAGCCGCGGGAGUGCGGCGGCGGGUGACUCUUCACCGCUGACAGGGCUGACUCCACCAUCAUCCCGCUAUCACGCUUCUACAAUCAGCAGAGCGCGCAACUCCUCAACAACACAUUCUCCAAAGAUGGCACAGCCCAAGUACCUCACCGGCGACAACGCUGGCAUCAACGAGUUCCUCGACAAGUUCGACACUUUCCUGUUCGAUUGCGAUGGCGUGCUAUGGUCUGGCGAUCACCUGUUCCCUAAAGUCGCCGAGACUCUGGAGCUGCUGAGGAGCAAAGGCAAGCAGCUGGUCUUUGUCACGAACAACAGCACCAAGUCGCGCGAGGACUACAAGAAGAAGUUUGACAAGCUGAACAUUCCGGCUAAAGUGGAAGAAGUCUUCGGUUCCUCCUACAGCGCCGCCGUCUACAUCUCGCGCAUCCUCAAGCUGCCCGCGCCCAAGAACAAGGUGUUUGUGCUCGGCGAGUCUGGCAUCGAGCAAGAACUCGCCACGGAGAAUGUGCCCUUCAUCGGCGGCACCGACUCGGCCCUCCGCCGCGACAUUGAGCCAGAGGACUUCACGGCGCUCGCGGACGGUUCCGCUCUGGACCCCGACGUCGGCAUCGUGCUUGCCGGCCUUGACUUCCACGUCAACUACCUGAAGCUCGCGCACGCGUUCCAGUACCUCCGCCGCGGCGCCAUGUUCCUGGCCACCAACACCGACAGCACGCUGCCCAACGCGCGCAGCCUGUUCCCUGGCGCGGGCAGUGUCGGCGCUCCGCUCGUGACGGCCAUUGGGAAGCAGCCGCUGGCGCUUGGCAAGCCGAGCCAGGCCAUGAUGGACGCGAUCGAGGGCAAGUUCCACUUCGACCGCAGCAGGACCUGCAUGAUUGGUGACAGGCUGAACACUGAUAUUCAGUUUGGCAUUGAGGGCAAGCUGGGUGGCACUCUCCUGGUGCUGUCGGGCGUGUGCAAGAAGGAAGAUUUCAUGGGUGCCGGUGAUGGCACGGGCGUGGUUCCCGCUUACUACGCGGACGGCUUGGGUGACCUCAUGGGUUAGAGUGCGACGUAGAUCUGUCUAGAGCGUAGAAUAGAUUUCUGUCCGAGUAACUUAAUGGUCCGAUCCAUGCGAG